ACAUGUAGAGACAGACGUUGCUGAUGGUUGAAACAGCUUUGAACCUGGUUUGUGGGAAAACAGCACCCGUGAUACAACAGUUCAGACUUGCAUGGGUUUUUCAAAAUAUCGCUCCCCAACUUUUAGAUGAACUUCAAAGAAAAAAUAACCCCUCUUUUGGACUCUCUGGAAAUUAAAUCUAUCGAGACCGCAUGCAAAACUUUUAGCAGAGUGGCAGAAUUAGAAUUUGCUGAUGGAAAAACAAAUUGGGGCCGUCUUUUAACAGCUUUGUUGUUUGGAGGUCUUCUGGCUAAAAAAUUACAGUUGCAAGGGAUUCCUCUUACACAGAACAAUGAGGAUCAGCUUUCACAUUAUAUCACAGACUACAUAGCGAGUGCAAAAUCAGAAUGGAAUUUGGAAAAUGGAGGUUGGGAACAAGGCUUUGCUAAGCAUUUUGAGAGACCUCUCUACAAUGUGAAGACCAGAAUAUUCCAGGUUUUCAAGGAUUAUUACACCAUGCUUUGGUUAAUAGCCCCUGUUUAA